CAACGUUGGUGCAUACAGUUAUUAUUACCGAGUAGCGCGUUGUACGCAAGGAAACGGAAGUGCGCGUUUUGGUGUGCGAGCGUGCGCGUGUCAUUGUGCCGUUGUACGUGCCGUUAAAUUUGAAAUAUUCAACAACAAAAAAUAAGGAUACGCAUAUCCUUUUUCAAAGCCAAAGAGAAAAUAAACAAAAUUGUCACAAAAUGCUGGCGAAUUUGCGUUCAACACUUCGCAAUUUGGCUGCUUUGCUGUGCAUUGUUGCGCAUGCGCAGGCCACAUACAAACUGCAGGAGCGUUAUAGUUGGACCGAAUUGGAUUUCGCUUUUCCUAAUCCUGGUUUGAAGCAACAGGCGAUCGCUACCGGCGAUUAUAUACCACAGAAUGGACUGCCUGUCGGCGUGGAGCACUGGGGCAAUCGUCUGUUUGUGACCGUGCCCCGUUGGCGUGAUGGUAUACCGGCUACAUUGACCUAUAUCAACAUGGAUCAUAGUGUGACGGGUUCGCCGGAGCUGAUACCAUACCCUGACUGGCGCAGCAACACAGCUGGCGAUUGUGCGAACAGCAUCACCACGGCGUACCGCAUCAAAGCGGAUGAGUGUGGACGCUUGUGGGUGCUUGAUACCGGCACUGUGGGUAUUGGCAACACCACCACCAAUCCUUGUCCAUAUGCGGUGAAUGUUUUUGACUUGCAAACGAAUACGCGCAUACGCCGUUAUGAGCUGCGUGCGGAUGACACUAAUGCGAAUACGUUUAUUGCCAACAUUGUCGUUGACAUUGGUAAAUCAUGUGAUGAUGCAUUCGCUUACUUUUCCGAUGAACUCGGCUAUGGUUUGGUUGUAUACUCGUGGGAGCAAAAUAAAUCAUGGCGAUUUUCGGCACACUCAUACUUCUUCCCCGAUCCAUUGCGUGGUGACUUCAAUAUUGCCGGCUUGAAUUUCCAAUGGGGUGAGGAGGGUAUCUUCGGUAUGUCACUCUCACCCAUACGUUCGGAUGGUUAUCGUACCAUGUUCUUCAGUCCGCUGGCAAGUCACCGUCAGUUUGCGGUGUCGACACGUAUUUUGCGCGAUGAGAGUCGCGUUGAGGAUAGCUUCCACGAUUUUGUGGUACUGGAAGAACGUGGCCCCAAUUCGCAUACGACAUCACGUGUUAUGAGCGACGAUGGCAUUGAGCUGUUCAAUUUGAUCGAUCAGAACGCGGUCGGUUGUUGGCACUCGUCCAUGCCGUAUCAGCCACAGUUUCAUGGUGUUGUGGAUCGUGAUGAUGUUGGUUUGGUGUUUCCUGCCGAUGUGAAGAUCGAUGAGAAUAAGAAUGUUUGGGUACUAUCCGAUCGCAUGCCGGUCUUUUUGAUCUCCGAUCUGGACUACAACGAUGUGAACUUCCGUAUCUACACUGCACCACUAAGUACUUUGAUUGAAAAUACAGUCUGCGAUAUACGUAACAGCGCCUAUGGUCCAUCGAAUGCGGUGGGCAGCACCAGCUUCUAUGCAACGCCUACGAGUACGAACACCGUUUUUGGUACACAAUUGGGCUUUGUUGGUAAUAAAGUUUACGGUCCGCCAAAUCCAGUGAGUCUGCCGAAAUCUCAAACGCUCUUCACCAAACAAUAUUUACCGCCUUUAGCCACCAAACCUGUGAUUCAAGCCGAUGUGCCACGUGUGGCGCCACCAAGUCGCAAUUAUUUACCACCACUUAUGGGUACCGGUUACAGUACGACACAACGCAACGAUGCAUCUAAGGCUUACGUAUUCAACAAUGGUCUGUCCUACGAGACUGGUAUUGGUGGUCCACAUCUAUUCCCACUGCAUUCGGAGGGUUUGAAGAAUUAUGUUACCACACGCAAUUCUGGGUGGUGGACGCAACAUUAA